UACCUUAUUUCUAUCCUUUUUCUUUUUUUUUUCAUGUACUUUAGUGGCAUUUUCAACACUGGACUUAGGGUGUUCCCUGACCUGACCAAAGUUUAUUCCAAUGAUGUGUUCUUUAUCCUUGAAAUUACAGACAACCCUUACAUGACCUCAAUCCCUGAGAACGCAUUUCAGGGACUGUGCAAUGAGACCUUGACACUGAAACUAUACAACAACGGCUUUACUUCAGUUGAAGGGCGUGCUUUCAAUGGAACGAAGCUGGAUGCUGUUUACCUGAACAAGAAUAAAUACCUGACAGUUAUUGACAAAGAUGCAUUUGGAGGAGUAUACAGUGGACCAACCUUGCUGGAUGUCUCUUAUACCAGUGUUACUACCCUGCCAUCCAAAGGCCUGGAACACCUGAAGGAAUUGACUGCAAGGAACACUUGGACUCUAAAGAAACUUCCACUUUCCUUGAGUUUCCUUCAUCUCACACGGGCAGACCUUUCUUACCCAAGCCACUGCUGUGCUUUUAAGAACGAGAAGAAAAUCAGAGGAAUCCUUGAGUCCUUAAUGUGUAACGAGAGCAGUAUUCGGAGCCUGCGUCAGAGAAAAUCUGUGAAUGCUUUGAACAGCCCCUUCUACCAGGCCUAUGAAGAGGACCCAGAUGACAGCAGGGCUGGGUACAAGGAAGCCUCCAAGUUCCAGGAUACCCGUAGCGACUCUCAUUAUUACAUCUUCUUUGAAGAACAAGAGGAUGAGAUCAUUGGUUUUGGCCAGAAGCUCAAAAACCUACAGGAAGAGACCCUACAGGCCUUUGAUAGCCAUUAUGACUACACUGUGUGUGGGGGCAAUGAAGACAUGGUGUGUACCCCCAAGUCGGAUGAGUUCAACCCCUGUGAAGACAUAAUGGGCUAUAAGUUCCUGAGAAUAGUGGUGUGGUUUGUUAGUCUGCUGGCUCUGCUGGGCAAUGUGUUUGUCCUGGUCAUCCUCCUCACCAGCCACUACAAACUGACUGUCCCUCGCUUUCUCAUGUGCAACUUGGCCUUUGCAGAUUUCUGCAUGGGGCUGUAUCUGCUCCUCAUCGCUUCCGUAGACCUCUACACUCAUUCUGAGUACUACAACUAUGCCAUUGACUGGCAGACAGGCCCUGGGUGCAACACGGCUGGUUUCUUCACUGUCUUCGCCAGCGAGCUGUCGGUGUACACACUGACGGUCAUCACCCUGGAACGCUGGCAUGCCAUCACCUUCGCCAUGCGCCCGGACCGGAAGAUCCGCCUCAGACACGCAUGUGCCAUCAUGGUCGGGGGCUGGGCGUGCUGCUUCCUGCUCGCCCUGCUCCCUUUGGUGGGGAUAAGCAGCUAUGCCAAGGUCAGCAUCUGCCUUCCCAUGGACACAGAGACACCUCUUGCACUGGCAUAUAUUAUCCUUGUUCUUUUGCUCAACAUAGUAGCCUUUAUCGUCGUCUGCUCUUGUUAUGUAAAGAUCUAUACCACAGUCCGAAAUCCCCAGUACAACCCAGGAGACAAAGACACCAAAAUUGCCAAAAGGAUGGCUGUGUUGAUCUUCACUGACUUCAUAUGUAUGGCCCCAAUCUCCUUCUAUGCUCUGUCAGCACUUAUGAACAAGCCUCUCAUCACUGUUACCAACUCCAAAAUCUUACUGGUUCUCUUCUAUCCACUUAAUUCCUGUGCCAAUCCAUUCCUCUAUGCUAUUUUCACAAAGGCCUUCCAGAGAGAUGUAUUUAUGCUGCUCAGCAAGUUUGGCAUCUGUAAACGCCAGGCUCAAGCAUACCGGGGCCAGAGGGUUUCUCUGAACAGCACUGGAAUUCAGGUCCAAAAGGUUCCUGGGGACAUGAAACAAAGUCUCCCCAACAUGCAAGAUGACUAUGAACUUCUGGAAAAUUCCCAUCUGACCUCAAAGAAGCAGGCUCAAAUCUCAAAAGAGUAUAAGCAAACAGUUUUGUAAGCUGACCCCACACUACUCACAGUGAUAGGGAAAGUUAUACCUAAGGCUGGUUUCCUGACACACACUCCGACCACAAGACACACACAGGGUGGCCGAUCUAACCCUUGUGCAGGUGAUGCUUCUUGGGGCAGGACUUCAUCUUGGGAGAGGGACUAACAUUAAUCUCAUCGUCACCUCCAAGAAGGAAGAGAGGCUACCAGCAUGUCUGAAUCCCAGGUAAUACCAAAACAAUCUAUACUGGAAGACUUGCUUGAUGCUAAGUGCAGACAUGACAUUGUAUAAGAUGUUCAACAAAUAUCAAAUGUCAACAUUCAGCUUCUCACUUUUAUAUAGCAUUUCACAGUAAAUAUUCAGCGAAUACCAAAUACUACUAACUUGGUUGGUGAUCACAGAUAAAGUUGGCUCCAUAUUAGCUCAUUCCAUCUUCAUGUUUGCUGACACAUCCAGAGAGUUUGAGUUCCUUGAAACUGAAAACUCAAAUAGGACAUCUUGCAAGGAACACCUAUCAUGAGACAUGAAGGAGGGGAAAGGCUUAGCUUUGAGUUGUUUUCUUAGACUCUUUUCACAAGGAUCUACCUGAUGUGACCCAACUGUUAUGUGUUGCCCAGAAAAACUGGCAAGAUUUCACCUUAUGUGGCCAAGUAAACUAAGAGUUGCUCUCCUUGACUAGUCUCAUAGCAUAAAAGACAUGAACUUUAACACUAGAAAUAUUUAUAAGUAGAUACAAGCAGGAAUUAUGAGCAGAACACAGUAAAUCACCCAUUGAUUAAUAAAGCAGGCUAGACACCAGGUAACUAUUGGACAUUGAGCAAAUCACUGGGCUUCAAAAGUCUAUAGAAAUGAAGAAGCUUGAUGGCAUCUUCUAGUUGUAAAUCUCUAUGUGUAUUUCUUUUCCUUAAAACUUGUUUCCAGUAUGAAGAAAAAGGAGAAGUAUUAAGGAAGAACUAUCUGUUUUUCCUAACUUGUAAAACACCAUCUCCCUUUCCUUGGAGUCUAGACAUAUAACCCAGGACAUUUUUUCUGUUUUACUCUUGGUUAUGAUGUCUGACCCAAAAAUUCUAUUGAGUGACCAUAGUGAACUGGAUCAGAAUCAUGGAUCUAAUUACCAGAUCUAUGCAGCCAUAAUUAUCAGGCCAAAAACAGAGUGGUAGUCAUAUAAUAGAAGGUGGCUUUGCAAAUUUUAGUUAUUUAGAAUUACCACUUCUCUAUGCAGAUUCACUUGAAAACAUUUAACUUGUCUCCAGGGAUCAGUCUCUUAGCUAUUUCUAAACCACAGUACAAUACUAAAGCUAUCAAGAAGUUUCUUCUCUCUGAAACUACUAGCUCUUUCCAGCCUUGUUUAUCAGUGGACAUAUCUACUUCCCAACAGUGCUCCCUGACUUACAAUGCUCAGGAUCUUUAUCUGUUGAUGUACUCUCCAGAUUAUCUGUCAGGACAGCCCCUUUAUUUCAUCCCAGAGAUGCCAUUUGCUUUGACAUUUGCUUCUCAAGUGCUCAUGAACCACACUAUGAAUUAAAACUGCACCAUCAAUUCAGAUUUUGUUGCUUUAAGUUUGUGAGGUGGGCAUAGUAAGCCCAAUGGACUAGAAAUCCUCCCCCAACUCGCCUGAUAUCUCUUCAUUGUCAUACCCAUUCCUGAUUAUCCCUGAAACUUGGAUGUUUGAAUGGCAAUAUUAUAAAGACCUAAAAUGGUGACUUAUCCACCAGUUCACUUGGAACUAAUGAAAUUAAACAAAUGUGUUACCUUUUGGCAUGUGUUUCUCAAGUGGCACAUAUAGAAAUAUCACA